AUGCUAUGGUCUAUAUGUGUUGCGUAUAUAAUAUACACGUGUGGGACGGGUGGGGCACCGGUACUCAACGGCAUACUGUCGUGGAAGGGAUGGCAACCCAUUAGUAAACUGACUUACCAGACAAACAGUUUACAUAACAAUGGGGACAGCGUUAUCGGAGUACAUAUCCGGGUUAAGUAA